AGUUGCGGAGUGUUUGAGCAGAGGAGCAGUUGCCGUGGUACCUGCUGCUGCCACUGCAGACGCGGAGCAUCAAACGCGGGCGCUGUUGCGUGAGUCAGGAAGGUGAAAUCAUGACGUCCGUCAGUGAGAAUGUUCUAUUUGGACUGGGAAAUCCUCUUCUUGACAUUUCUGCUGUGGUCGAUAAGGAUUUCCUUGAUAGAUAUUCCCUGAAACCAAAUGACCAAAUUUUGGCUGAAGACAAACACAAGGAACUGUUUGAUGAACUUAUAAAAAAAUUCAAAGUUGAUUAUCAUGCUGGUGGCUCUACCCAGAAUUCAAUCAAAGUGGCUCAGUGGAUGAUUCAGAAGCCACAUAAAGCAGCCACAUUUUUUGGAUGCAUUGGUGUAGAUAAAUUCGGGGAGAUCCUGAAGAGAAAAGCUGCUGAAGCCCAUAUAGAUGCUCAUUACUAUGAGCAGAAUGAACAGCCAACAGGGACUUGUGCCGCCUGCAUCACUGGUGACAACAGGUCCCUUAUAGCUAAUCUUGCUGCUGCCAACUGUUAUAAAAAGGAAAAACAUCUUGAUCUGGAAAAAAACUGGGUGUUGGUAGAAAAAGCAAGAGUUUGUUAUAUAGCAGGCUUUUUUCUUACGGUUUCCCCAGAAUCAAUAUUAAAAGUGGCACGCCAUGCUUCUGAAAACAACAAAAUUUUCAUUUUGAAUCUGUCUGCACCAUUUAUUAGCCAGUUCUACAAGGAGCCAUUGAUGAAAGUCCUGCCUUAUAUUGACAUCAUUUUUGGAAAUGAGACGGAAGCUGCCACUUUUGCUAGAGAGCAAGGCUUUGAGACUGAAGACAUUAAAGAGAUAGCCAGAAAGACACAAGCCCUGCCAAAGGUGAAUUCAAAGAGACCGCGGAUCGUGAUAUUUACCCAAGGAAGAGAGGACACAAUAAUGGCUACAGAAAGUGACAUCACUUCCUUUGCUGUCUUGGAUCAAGACCAAAAGGAAAUUGUUGACACCAAUGGAGCUGGAGAUGCAUUUGUUGGAGGUUUUCUCUCUCAACUGGUCUAUGACAAGCCACUCACUGAAUGCAUCCGCGCUGGUCACUAUGCCGCGAGCGUCAUCAUUAGACGAGCUGGCUGCACCUUCCCAGAAAAGCCCGACUUCCACUGAGGAAGGAGCAGAGAACUCAGGCCCUGAAGGACAGACACUGCCUUGAUCGCUUCCUAUAAUUCCCGUAAUAAUAAAGAAAACUUGUCUGCUAUCUUUUCCUACUCUAAUGAUAGUCAUUUGUAAUUUAGAGGGUACAGCAAUGCUCAGUAGAAUCUUUAUUCUUGCAAUAACCUACAAAACUGAUGUUUAUUUCCAUAGUUUGAUAGUGCCACUUAAAUGUCAAUUAAAUAGUAAUCUAAAAUUACAAUAG